AUGCCACCGUGGCUAGCGUUCCUGUGUAAUCUCCUGGCACUGGUAGCUUUGGGAUGGUUUAUCGCGGUAUGGGCAUUGUGUCUGCUUGGAUGGCAGGUUGCAUACAAACUUUUUGCGAACCCAUAUCCCCGCUCUCCGCUCUCCUCGGCGCAAACGGAGGAACCCGCGCCGAGCGUAUCAAUUCUACGACCGCUUGCUGGCCUCGAUUGUAAUCUGUACACCAACUUGUGCUCAUCUUUUGAGCAACACUACCCAGUCGACCUAUUCGAGGUCAUUCUCGGCGUCAGGUCCGAGCAUGACCAGGCGCUCAGUGUCGCACGCCAGGUGGUCGCACAAUAUCCACACAUUCACAGCCACAUUGUCGUGGGCGACGUAGAGGCAGGCGUCAACCCCAAAAUCAAUAACCUGGUUCGCCCGUACGCUCUGGCGAAACAUGAUCUUGUUUGGGUGGUAGAUAGCCAAGUCUGGCUUUCUCCGCACGCCUUGGGGCGUGCCGUCGACGCACUACUUGCGAAACCACCGGUACCCAAACCGCAAUGCAUUUAUCGCACACCGCAUGGGAGUCGCACCGGUCUAGUCCAUCAUGUGCCGCUCGGUGUGCUACCGGCAAAUACGUGGGGUUCGCACAUUGAGCGUGCAUUCCUCAGUACGUCCCACGCAAAGAUGUAUUUGGCAAUCAAUGCCGUUGGCAUCGACAGUUGCGUCAUGGGAAAGAGCAACAUGUAUCGAAAGAGCGACUUGGAUCGUGUGCCGGACGCUUUUUUUGCGUACAAUGCCGAUUCGGCGUCUGACGAGCAACACAUGAUUGGGAGCCGCGCGUUUGAUGGAGAGCAAGACGCGGACGAUCCGUUUGUGUUAGAAAUGACGACUAAAAAAGAGGAAAACGAUGUUGUGCGCACGAAAUCGCGUGCAUUGGCGCGCUUUGGCAUUUACCUAGCCGAAGACAACAUGCUUGCACUGAGUUUAUGGCGUAAGCCUUUGGAGCUUGGGCACCGCAUUGCGCCGGGCGACGUAGCGCACGUCGCUGUGGGCGAUAUUCAAACCGUCAUGGAGUAUGCAAAGCGCCGCAUGCGGUGGAUUCGUGUGCGUCGGCACAUGGUGCCCGAAGCUACGUACUUGGAGCCGUUCACGGAGAGCUUGGUCGCUGGCCUCUGCGGCUGGUUUGGCAUCUACUCAUGGUUACUCCAUCCCAUCAUUGGGCCGUUGCAUGGCGGUCUGCACUGUGGCGCUUUUUUUGCAUUUUAUCUUGCAAAUCUAGCGGCGUGGUACUGGAUUGAUCUUGGCGUGCUUUCCUCGCUUCGCUGUGGGGCGCCAUUACCCGAUGCGGAGCGCAAGUACUUUCUCGGCGCUUGGUGUAUGCGCGAAUUGCUCGCAUUUCCUAUUUGGGCAUGGGCGAUGCUUGGAUCCACCGUAACAUGGCGCGGAAAGCGAUACAGAAUCUUGACGAAUGCACGCGCCGCGCAUGUACCAUCGGAUGUGCACACGGAGUAUGGAAUAGACGACUAG